UUUUAAAGUCAUGUAAUACGAAAUAAAAUAAGUGUACUACGAUUUGGAAGAAUAUUAAAGUUGAUAUUAAAGAACAAAAAGAGAAAAAUUGUGAUUAAAGAUCUCAAAUAAUUCAUCGAAAUUGUUAGACUGGAGGAAAGUAUAUAACAUGUUAUUGGUUGAUUUACAAAAGCAUUUUUCCGAGCGCCAAAUAAGUGCGAAACGUUAACCAUAUGUAAUAGUACCUUAAACAGUUACCACAGAAAAUCCAAUAUGGUGACAGUUGUAGAGCGGUUCUGUCGAUCUUCUCUAAUUUAAGAUAAGAAAAUUACGAUAAUGCCACGAAAGUAAUAACAAUAAUGAAAAUUCGAUUGAAGAUAUAGUGAUCAAUUAAAAAAUUCUCAUGUCAUACCUAUAUACUCUAUAGGUGAUCACUAAAAAAAUAUAUUUCUCCAGGGACAGUGGCUGGAACUUUGCCACACACUUUGUCCUUUGAGUUGUAUUUAAAGAUAAAAAAAAUUCAUUUCUUGAGAAAUGGAGUGUGUCAGAGUAGAAGGUGAUACGGAAACGAACGACACCGAAACUACAAAAAGCAAAAUUAAAGAUAAAAAUGAAAGUUGUCUAACAGAUGUUUUAGAUAUUAACACUCGUCUGAGUCUGGAAACAACAGAAAUUUCAGAAGAACCUCAUACAAAUGGUAUUUCCCAAGAAAAUGGUUUAUGCGAUUCUUUUUCUAGAACAACCGAUUCAUCCAAUCAUCCUCCACAAUCUCAAACAAUGGAAACUAGUCAUUUAAAUCAACAUGAAAAAAUGGAAACGCUAUCCUCGGAAAAUAGUGAUAAUGAAAUUCAAUAUGUUAGUUAUACAAGUGAACUGCAAAUGCCUGAUAUAAUGAAAUUGAUACAAAAAGACUUAAGUGAACCAUAUUCUAUUUACACGUAUAGAUAUUUUAUCCAUAACUGGCCGAAGUUGUGCUUCCUGGCAAUGCAUGGUGACGAGUGUGUAGGUGCCAUUGUUUGCAAGCUGGACAUUCACAGAAAGGUAAUAAAACGUGGAUAUAUCGCAAUGCUAGCAGUCGAUGUAAAAUAUCGAAAACGCAAGAUCGGAUCGAAUUUAGUGAGGAGGGCAAUACGUGCAAUGGUAGAGGAUGAUGCGGAUGAAGUUGUAUUGGAGACUGAAAUAACAAAUCGACCAGCUUUACGAUUAUAUGAAAAUUUGGGAUUUGUGCGUGAUAAACGAUUAUUUCGAUAUUAUUUAAAUGGAGUGGAUGCUUUACGAUUGAAAUUAUGGUUUAGAUGAAAACCGCCAGAGUGCUUAUGUCAAUAGGAACUUAAAUAAUUGCAGUGUUAAAGCAAAAGAUUUGCAUCCUUCCUCGGACAGACAUACAGCAUUAAUGCCACAGGGAUUAAUGUGUACGCACAAUUUGCUGAUGCUAACUUUUAAUGAAAUAAUAAUUAUAGACUGCAUAAAUAUUUAUGCUAUUAUUAAUUAGAAAUACAAAAAAAGAUCGUGCAACAAUAUAAAUCUAUUUAAAUAUUAAAGGGAUUAUAUAUAAUAUUGGAAGAGAAAUUUUUGAUGAUUUAAUUCUUGAUAUAAAUUUAUAAUAUUUUUUAAUCAUGUUAGAUUUUCAUUUCUAAGUUUUCUCAGAUCGUUAGUUAACAGUAAUUGCUAUGGCAUUAAUGCUGAUCUUUUAUAUAGAUUUCAAUUACAGCCUACAAUUACAUAAAUUUGAAAAAGUGAUAGGAUGGAAUAAAUCCAGACUGUGAAAAAAAAUAUUGAAAAUAAUCAAUGUAUUUCGCGGUAUCACACAUUAUUGGGAUGUAUACACCGAUGCAAUAAAUAUAUACACUCAUAUGCUUUUAGCAGAAUAAAUAAAUUUAAAUAGUAUUGAAGAGAUUAUGUCGGAUAGACAUUAGAUAAAAAUUUUUCAUUAUAUAUAUAUGUAUAUAUAUACACAUUGUCUUCAUACACACAUACACACACAUAUAUGUAUAUAUAUAUGUGUGUGUGUGUAAUGUGUAUCUAUCUCUGUGCAGUAUUCUACAGACUAUAAUUGAUUAUGAGUAUUAUAUUGCAAAAAGUGUAGCAUCCUUUCAAUGUGUGAUUAAUGACUUAAAAAUAAACAUCAAAUGUAAAGUUCUCUCAGACAGAGCUACAAACAGUUAGGUAAAAUAUUUCCAAUUGAAAUUAUAAAAUUAAUAUACGGACUGUCCGCUAUUUAUAUAUAUAUAUAAUAUAUAUAUUAUAUAUAUAUUAUAUUAAAUAAUGGAAAAAGAGAAUUAUUGUUCGUAAAAUUAAAAUAUUCUGGAAAAUUGUGCGUCUCGUGCUAUUAUCGCAGGAGUCGUACAUAUCACUGUCUACCUUCUAUAUCUACCUUUGUAUAAAAAUGAAUGCGAAGCACAGAUCAAUCAUGAUGUAACUAUCAAAAAAUAUGUAAAAAAUGUUAAUAAAAAGUAGUAAAUGUUUUUACCUACAACUUAUUUAAUUAUAA